GAACUCUGCGACACAAGAUAUACCUGCACAGUUUACAGUUACUAGGGGUGAUUCACAUGCUGUACAUUAUGGAGAAGAAACUGGCAAUAAACAAGUUACUUUUCGUGAGCCUGUGAGCAAUAAUGAGAUGGAUGAUCCUGAUCCAGAGCGAUACCAGAAUGAGAGAGAACCUUCAGGCAAUUGGGGAACUACCCACCUCGAUGAUCCGAGCUCCUCAUAUUCACCUUACCUACCUCCUGUUCUUGAAGAACCUUCUUCGUCCUUUUCAGAGGCUGCUGAUGAUGAUCCAUUGCCAGCUAUUAAGGAUCUUCAAAUUUCAGGUGAAGCAGUUCCUGGACGAGAACUCCAGGCAUGUGGAUAUUCCAUCAAUGGGACAACCAGUUGUAACUUUGAGUGGGUACGCCAUUCAGAAGAUGGAUCUGUUCAUUAUAUUGAGGGAGCAAAACAACCAACUUAUCUUGUUACUGCUGAUGAUGUUAAUUCUUACCUUGCUAUAGAAGUCCAGCCUCUGGAUGACAGGAAGCGCAAGGGAGAUGUCGUAAGGGUGUUUGCAAAUGAGCACAGAAAGAUCGUUUGUGAUCCUGAAAUGCAGAAUCAUGUUGAGAGAGCUUUUCUCAGUGGUCAUACUUCAUAUAAAGUAUCCUUAUCGACUGGAUAUCUUGGUAUAUGGGAACCAGCCACUUUGGCAAUUAAGAGGGAAGGUUACAAUAUCAAGUGUAGUGGGUCCAGUGGUUUUGUGGUGAAUGAGAAGUUCUCACAAACCACAGAGGUUGUGAUCCCAUACGGACAGCCUGCAGAAUUCAUAAUUAUCAGUUCUAGCAAUGGUCAGCAUGCCUUACGGGUGGAUAACAACUCAAUGGAUACUAGUUGUUCAAGAGACAUGAUUGUGUUCAUCUUCAGAUUAUUUAACAAGCGGGCUGGUGAAAGAAAGAAAGGGAAGAAAAAAAGUCUAUUCUUUCACAAGUGAACAUUUUUUCGGCUGCUCCGGCUUGGAAGAUAGCAUAUGUGCUGUUGAGGGUGUAUAGUCGUGCAUUUUGAGGACCAACCGUGACGUGUAGAUUUCAAAUAGGUUGUUUUUAUCUCAUACGCAAUGAGCAUCAGCUGUAACCGCACAUGUAUGCUUAAAUGCUUAUUUUUUUGGCAUCUAUAUAUCAUAUUUCACUCUCUUGAUUGUGUCCAUCCUAAGAAAAAA